AUGUUUAAAACUGGAAACAGGAUCACUUUCUAUGAAGGCAAGAAUUUCCAAGGAUGCCGCUAUGAGUCUGAUAGGGAUUGUUUGGAUUUCCACACUGACUUGAGCCGUUGCAAUUCCAUCCGUGUAGAAAAUGGUGUCUGGGUUGUUUAUGAGCAGCCAAAUUUUGCGGGAAACAUGUAUGUUUUAACCCAUGGAGAAUAUCCUGAAUAUCAUUGCUGGAUGGGCCUGAAUGAUAGAGUCAGCUCCUGCAAAUCCAUUCAGUUGGCUGGUGGAGACAAAUAUCAGAUCCAGCUCUUUGAGAAGGGUGACUUUAGUGGUCAAAUGCAUGAAUCUGCAGAGGAUUGCCCUUCUGUGAUGGAGAAGUUUCACCUGCCAGAAAUUCAUUCUUGCAAAGUUCUGGAUGGGGCAUGGGUUUUCUAUGAACAUCCCAACUUCCGUGGCAAGCAGUAUUUCCUGGAGAGAGGAGAAUACAGUAAACCCGUGGAGUGGGGAGCUGCAACCCCACUGGUUCAGUCCUUCCGCCAUAUUGCAGAAUAAUAAAUUGCAUGGAGUCUGAAGCUGAUAUGAUAGAGACUUGA